AUGCAGAACUACCGCGCCGCUCCCCACUCGCUGCCGCGUGCCUCGCUCCUCUCCGACGUGGCAAAAUUAUCCAGCCCUACAGAGACUGAAUGGUGCAUCGACUCUCUUAUUGCUGUUUUCCAAAAGCAUGCUGGAAGAGAUGGUAACAACAGCAAACUCUCCAAGGCCGAGUUCCUAAUCUUCAUGAAUACGGAGCUGGGUGCCUUCACAAAGAACCAGAAGGACCCUGGUGUCCUUGACCACAUGAUGAAGAAACUGGACCUCAACUCUGAUGGGCAGCUAGAUUUCCAAGAAUUUCUUAAUCUUAUUGGCAGUCUGGCCAUAGCUUGCCAUGAAUCCUUUAUGAAGUCUGCCUCUUCCCAGAAAUAGAUCCGAGGAGCCUUUGGGCCUGGCCUCCAGCCCCACUCCCCUUCCUUCCAGCCUCCCAGUUAUCAUCUACUCCUCACAGCCCACACAUAACCCUGA